GCUGCUGCUGUUGCUGCUGCUGUUCCGCGGCAGAGUGAUGAUAUUAACGACGGUAAUGAAGAAUGUGGAGAUUACAACGAUAAAAGAAAGGACCGGACCGGGAAUCGUCGCCAGUAUUCUUCUCUGGUAACGUUGCAUAUGGGCCGUGGUCGACGGACAUGGCGCGCGGUGAUCACGUCCCUCUUGAUGAACAUCGGGGAACAUGUGCAUUUAUUCCUCUCAACAAUAGUACGGACUCCCAACGAACCGCGGCGUAUUGCCCAUGUUAUUACAGCAGGCAUCACAACAAGAACCAGAGUAAUGGCUAUGGUUAUAUCACAUUCCCUUGACAAUUUCCCGUGGUUUCACACCAUCUUCAUCACGUCCUUACGUCGGCUAUGGUUUACCUAUAUCAGCUCUCGAAUCUGGAAUCGCGGACAAGCAACCCAGCUACGUAAGUUGCUCUUGGCAGUUCCUAAGGAGCGAGAGCGCGCCAUCGGAAUCUUCAAAGCUCUAAAGACAACGCUGCUAUACGUAUGCCUUGUUAUAGCUGGCGUUGGGAUAGCGCUGCAAGCAUUGGUGUGGACGGCGCGACGGUUCUGCCCUUUUAUCGAACCUACUAUUACACUCGUUGUUGAAACCAUUAUCGCUAGCAUCCGUGAGCUUUUUACAAGCAGGAGCGACAAUAACAACAUCAAGAACAACAGACAAUACGAAAAUAGCGCCAUGACAGGAACAUUGGACGGGGCUUUGGCUUAGCCUUUUUGGGGGAUUUGGAUCAUCGCAACCCAGAUUCAGCCUUGAAAGACUGGAUGGUGUUGUGAGGCGACUGAAAACAAUAGAUCCUAGAGUAAUAUAACAUCAUCGAC